CUUCAUUUUCUCUACAUGAAAACAGAUUUUUUUUUUUGCUAGUUUUCAAACAGAUACAUCCUUCUUCACGCAGGAAGAGGUGCUUUUGACCUUCAUCUUGUGACUGACAAGUCAUUUUAUCCUUACUCUUGUUGUAAUAAAACAAGACAUCACCUGCACCGCAAGAUACAUGACCAAUCCGCCAUGGGAAAUGAAACCACAGACUUCACUGACUGGCCACUGACAACAGAAUUUGACUACAGUGAUUCGACACCUUGCCCUGUAACUGAGGGAAAGAAUUUUGCAGCAAAAUUCUUGCCACCUCUUUAUUCUUUAGUGGUGAUAUUUGGYCUGACAGGCAACAUGCUUGUUGUCCUUAUCCUGGUAAAGUACAAGAGGCUGAAGAGCAUGACUGACAUCUACCUGCUCAACUUGGCAAUUUCYGAUUUGCUGUUUGUAUUUUCUCUCCCUUUUUGGGCUUAUUAYGCAGUUCACGACUGGAUUUUUGGGGAAGCACUGUGUCGAAUUCUCUCAGGUGUUUACCUCCUUGGCUUCUACAGUGGCAUCUUUUUCAUAAUCCUGUUGACYCUGGACAGGUACCUGGCCAUCGUGCAUGCGGUGUUUGCUUUGAAAGCCAGGACAGUUACCUAUGGCAUUCUCGCCAGUGUUGUCACUUGGGCUAUUGCUGUUUUUGCUUCUGUUCCUGGGGUGGUAUUUCACAAAACUCAGAAAGAAGGUUCAGGCUACACUUGCAGUGCUCAUUAUCCAUCAGAGCAGAUAGAUACAUGGAARCAAUUCCUCACCUUAAAAAUGAACAUUCUGGGACUUCUUAUUCCAAUGUUAAUUAUGAUCUGCAGCUACACACAAAUUAUAAAGACAUUACUGCAAUGCAAAAAUGAGAAGAAACAUAAAGCAGUCAGGCUUAUCUUUAUUAUCAUGAUUAUCUACUUUCUUUUCUGGGCACCAUACAACAUUUGCAUUCUCUUGCGUGAUUUUCAAGGUGCAUUUUUCAUCUCUACUUGUGAAAGCAAUGGUCAACUGCACAAAGCACUCCAAGUGACAGAAACAAUCUCAAUGAUGCAUUGUUGUAUCAAUCCUGUGAUUUAUGCCUUUGCUGGAGAAAAAUUUAGGAAAUACCUUCGCAGCUUUUUCCGAAAGCAGAUUGCAGUCCGCUUGUCUAAAUACUGUCCUGUUCUCUAUGUGGACACACCUGAACGAGCUAGCUCCACCUACACACAAUCUACAGGAGAACAAGAAGUUUCUGCUGCAUUGUAARUUAUGUCUAGUGAAAAAGUGGAAGUGGCUCUUGUGAGAUCAGAUCUGUGAUGAAAGCCUGCUGAAUCUCUCCUGCAUAUUUUCUCUGAGGCAGCUGCAGAAAACCCCAAAAAAUAUACAGAACACAUAUUUACCAAAGAUUGCAUUUGCUCAUAAAUUUGGGUAUUUGUAAAUAAAUGAAAAGGAUGUAGCAAGUUGCCUGAUUGGGGGUCUGAACUAGCAGUCUCAUAAAUAGAUUUUUUGAAGUGAACUAGAUGUUAUAAAUUUACACUUGUUCUUCAGAACAUCUCUUGCCUGUAUAUUACACAAGAUACCUCACUCAUUUAAACUCAGUCUCAGUCUUAUUUUUUACUAGGCUGGUGGYGUAUCUCUGUAAAUAAUGCUAAUUUACUAAGGUUUGUGAUACAGCAUGGUAUGGAAARUUUUAUACGCUUAGAAUAGACUCUGAUAUUUCAUGGUAUAUUUUCCUGUGUAUAUGGUUAAGUGCUAACCUUUUAGAUCUUUCUCAUGAUAAUUCUAACUACUAGGGACUAAUACCUGAGUGACUUUAGAGCCUGAUGUUUCUGAAGGCUCUCCUUAUAUGCUACUCACAUAAAAAAGCCAAUAUAACUGAACUAUCAAUAAAAAACUAAUAUCCUAUCAUUGAUCAGAAAAUCAGUGCAGUAACAGUAUUUUAGAAACAAAUUAUUGCACAUGGACUUUAACCAGGUUAGAUCAAACAUGAACAAUGAGUCAACACUGUUGUAGCUUUUUAGUGCAGUGAUUUUGCUUGCUAUUUUACUAGCCCACAUAAGAGAAAAAUUUUAAAAUAGAAAAUGAAUGCAAGUGCAAUGGCUGCCAAACCACAACAGCAUUAGAGGUGUGAAAAUKAUUUCUGAACAGGGUUGACACAGAUGUUUUUAGACAGAAGUGUAUUUUAUAAAUAUUAAUUUAACAAAACAUCUGGAUAAAUAAAAAUAUUCCCUGUUCUAAAACAUCAAGGGCAUAGAGCAUGUCUCUUUUGUUUUAGAAGCUGGUAUUUGGGGGACUAUGACAGAGGGGUUUUUUUGCCAUUCAGGAGUUUUACGGAGAGAAAAAGCUUCCACAAUUAGUAAGACUGAUGCUUAAAUAUGACUGAUUCUCUGUAAAGCUCAGAAACUGUAAAGCAUGGGAACACACAGAAAACAUUAAAUAAAUAUUUGGGUACUCAAGUGCUUAAAAACGUACCAUAAUCACACUAUUGAAUAAUUUGCGCCACAUUGUCCUUCUAAUAUUUCUUAUAUCUGCCCUAAGAUAAAUGGUACUGAACAAGUUGGCAGACAGGAAAUGAAAAGUGAAUAUUUUGUUUGCUGUUCCUAUCCAGGACAAUUUUUGUUUCCCAGCUUCUCUAGACAGUCUUUAAAGUAAUAUUUUCAAAGAAGUGAAUGCUUCAAGCAGUCUCAAAGAAAUUUUACAGUGGAAAGCACUUGUGAAAGCAGGAARUGGAAUAGAGAAAUCUUUACUUAUCAAACCACUUGUUUUGAGUUAUUUAAUUUUGUCAUAUUAAGCACCACUUUGGAACUACAUCCAYAUGGGAAAUGUAACAGAAGUAUACYACACCUUCUCAUUUACAAGAUUUUCAGCUGCAAGUCUUUGUCUGUGCAUCAYUUUCUGGACUUUGUGCUUUUAAAAUGGGUAAAUAGAUCAGCAUAAGCAGAAAUUGGGCAAUUUCAGCAUAUUAUGAGGAAUACAUGCAGGAACUUCUAAUCAGGCUGUCUUUUUUAUUUUUUUUUUUUCUACUUAUAGAAUACAUUUAUGGAAACAAUUUUAUGUUUUAUUUGCUCUUGACAAGAACUUUCACUUGGUCUUGAAGACACCUACUUUUUUUGGAGGGCUUUGAUGCCAGACACAGUAAURCAUCUUUGUCAGCCCUUCAGGAGCAAAGUGUGACAACCAAACAUAUGUCAGCACCCUGAAAAACUUUCUGAGAGGCAUGUCAAAAAUUGCCCCAUCCUUCUACRGCAUGAACCUCCUAUCAUGGAUCUUUCUAAACGACAAGCAGCUUCCAGAGGAAAGAGGCAGAACAGAGAUUGGUUGCCCAGUGGAUCAUCAGCUUAUCAAGGGUYUCUGUCACUUCACUGGAAAGGGAUCAGACUUCAGCACAUGGAGACAAGUCAGAUUUUAGCUCCUGCAAUGAACCAUGAUCCACAUUCAAGGGGACAAUUGAAAACACAGUAUUUGGUGGCACCGCUGGUACAUUCAGUUAAGGACUCUGACAAAAACUGAAAUAAUAUGUUGUACUACACAAACCAUUAAAGUUGGUUAACUUUCAUGUUAGAUUUCUUGAUCUUUCCCACCUCUAUCCCUUUAUAUUUUAGAAUAGCCCAGAAGAAUGAAAAGGAAGAUAAACUCCUCUUCAUAACACUGAAAGGGCAGGCAGGAUAAACUCAGUUUUAGAAGUGGAUACAGAACCAGCAUAAUCAAAUAACACAGGACCAUCAAGAUAACUCCAUAGCUCUUAACAGCUUGUCACUAAUAAUCUGAUAAUAAAUAUGCUAUU